GCCGUGAUUGAAAACCAAAAAGCCUUGAGAAAGAAAAGAAGUUUUUUGCGUGUUGAGAGAGAGAGAGAGAAAGAGAGGGAGAUUGAGCGCGCGAGAGAGAUGAGCUAUUUAUUGAGAACGCUGAAGAAGAAAGAAGAAGUGGACACUCUAAUUCGAGACACAAUUGAUAAAGUUCUUGUUCUUCGUUUUGGCACUUCCACUGAUUCCGUCUCUCUCCUCCUCGAUGACGUCCUUUCUAAGUCCGAGAGGGACGUGUCCAAGUUUGCAAGUAUAGCGCUGGUUGAUGUUGAUUCCGAAGACGUUCAAGUUUAUGUCAAGUAUUUUGACAUUACCUUCAUCCCCUCCACUGUUUUCUUCUUUAAUGCUCAUCACAUGAAGAUGGAUUCAGGGAGUGCUGAUCAUACUAAGUGGGUUGGUGCAUUUCACUGCAAGCAGGAUUUUAUAGAUGUUGUGGAGGAAAUAUAUAGAGGGGCUAUGAAAGGGAAGCUUAUAGUAAAUUGUCCGCUUCCCCCAGAGCGGAUACCAAAGUUCCAGUUGUUGUAUAAAGAUGUGUAAAAGAACAUGAUUAGCUUUUGCUGUGGAGAGUCCUGAAUUCGCAGAAAGUGGAAAGACUAUGAAAGGAAGAACUGACAAGUUGCAUGGCUUUGGCAUAGAGAUGUCAGAUGGCUCUGUAAUGUUGCAGUGAGGAUAAAACUAUAUUCAGAAGGUCGUUUUUACUAUUAUGUAAGAUCAAAUUAAACUCACUGUAUUCUGUUCUAUGGUUUUUCUAGAUCGAGCUCUUACAUUUAUAUAGAAAUUGUCGUACUUCCUA